ACAGUCGCCACUUGUUGCGUGAGCAGGUCGGAGCAGCGCGCAGUCUGUGGGCUCAGUCCGUGGGCUCCUGUCUGUGAGCGCGCUUCCCUGUGACGCACACAUGGAGGAUAAGUCGAGGAAAUGCGCCCCGCUCCGCUGCUCCUCCUCCCACAGCCCGCUCCCCGGAGCGCAGCUGCAGGCGGUGAUGGAGAACCUGCAGCGGCAGCAGGCGGCCCGCCUGGCGCUGGAAGACAGAGAGCUCCGGAGCCCCGUCCGGACCGCGGUGGACUCGCACCAACAAGCCCUGGUCCUCCGCCACUCCUCCCGCGCUGGGACCGAGGAGCGGGAGGUGGACCCGCGGAGUGAGGUGGAGCACGAGGACGAGGAGGAGGUGGAGGAGGAGGAAGAGGAGGAGGAGGAUGAGCGCCGUCAGUCGACCCUGAUCGGCAGAGUCCCUCCGACCCAGCACGAGUGGACCUACGAGGAGCAGUUCAAACAGUUGUAUGAAAUAGAUGAUGACGAAAAGCGCAAAGACUUUCUUGAUGACCUUUUCACUUUCAUGCAGCAACGGGGGACUCCAGUGAAUCGGAUUCCUAUCAUGGCCAAGCAGGUGCUGGAUCUCUACAUGCUCUACAAGCUCGUCACUGAAAAAGGCGGCUUAGUGGAAGUCAUCAAUAAGAAAAUAUGGCGUGAGAUCACCAAAGGCCUUAACCUGCCUACCUCUAUUACGAGUGCCGCUUUCACUCUGCGAACACAGUACAUGAAGUACCUGUACCCAUAUGAAUGUGAAAAGCAUGGAAUGAGCUCUCCUGGUGAGCUUCAGGCGGCUAUCGACAGCAACCGGAGGGAAGGCCGUCGACAGAGCUAUGGCUCCGCCCUCUUCAACUACUCUCCUGCUGGCACCCCCACCCUGCUGACUUCACCCAACCUGCAGAUGUCUCACCUACCGCUGCCUACUCACAGCAGCGGCCACAUCUCCCAAGUGUCUGUCAUCAAGAAAGUGAUUUUCAGGCCUGAGGAGCCCAUAAUGGCGAGCUGCCUACCCAGCCGAGUGGCCAUGCCCAUGUCUCCUGGCAGUCAUCACGCAGCAGCUAUGGCUGCUCAGGCGGCAGCAGCUGCACAAGCGGCUGCCAACGUCCAGGCUGCGGUUCUGGAGCAGCUGAGAGAGAAGCUGGAAAGCAGCGAGCCACCAGAGAAGAAGAUGUUGGUGGUGGCUGAGGAGCAGCAGCGGAUCAUGCAGCACGCACUGCAGCAGAACCUGCUUGCUGUGGCCACGCAACUGCCGCUCAACAUCAAAGUUAACAACAGAGAUGAUAGACAAGAGACCUCAUUGAACCUGUCUACCAGCGGCAUUAGCAGCAUCAACAUGUCAAUAGAAAUAAAUGGAGUUGUCUACACAGGUGUUCUGUUUGCUCGCCAGUCAGCCAUAUCAGGGAUGUCAGGGCGCCACGGGAAACACAGCAGCCGCCAGCCUCAGGGAAGAACCAGUCCGGGUUUGUCCACACUAUUUCAGCCUUCCUCCUCCUCGUCCUCUUGCUCCUCCUCACUUCACGGUCUCAAAAACACCUCUCCCUGAGUUUUCUAUCCAUUCUCACUGUUCUUAAAGGCGCCAAACGGUCAAACACCAUCGGAUAAACUCCAAA